GCCAGUCUGAAAAAUCUUAGAGCAAAAAGAAAAAAUGAACAAUUUUCUCACUCCCAGUAGACCAAGCCCGAAGCCAUGGCCGAACAGGAAGAAGCAAACCAACAGACCUGCCUUAUUCCUUUGCUCCGUUUUUCUACUUGUUGUUUUCUUCGUCGUCGUCGUCUUCUUCAUCACUUACUCCGAGAUGCCCAAGUCCCUGUUCUCAAUCUCCGCCUUUUCUGGAUCCGUUCAAUUCCCUCAGUGCAGAUCCGAGAUUCUUACCCGAACUCUUCUUGGUCAGAAGUUUCUCUGGUACGCUCCUCACAGCGGAUUCAGUAAUCAGCUGUCGGAAUUUAAGAAUGCGGUUCUUAUGGCGGGAAUUCUUAAUCGGACCCUAAUUGUCCCUCCGAUUCUCGAUCAUCACGCCGUCGCUCUCGGCAGCUGUCCUAAAUUUAGGGUUUUGAACCCCAGCGAUAUACGUCUCUCUGUUUGGAAUCAUUCAAUUGAGCUUCUUAUGAAUAACAGGUACGUUUCAAUGGCUGAUAUUGUAGACAUUUCGUCGCUGGUAUCUUCUUCGGCUGUUCGAGUCAUUGAUCUUAGGUACUUUGCAUCACUACUGUGUGGUGUUGAUUUGGAGGCUCUAUGCUCUGAUGAAUUAGCUGAAAAACCUCAGGCGUAUGAAUCACUUAAACAGUGUGGCUAUUUGUUAUCUGGAGUUCGUGGCAAUGUAGAUAAAUGUUUGUAUGGUGUGGAUGAAGAUUGUAGAACCACGGUUUGGACGUAUAGAAAUGGAGAUGCCGAUGGAAGAUUAGAUUCGUUCCAGCCCGAUGAGAAGCUCAAGAAGAAGAAGAAACUGUCCUAUGUGAGAAGGCGUCGAGAUGUGUAUAAGACUCUUGGACAUGGUACAGAAGCUGAGUCUGCAGCUAUCCUGGCAUUUGGGAGUCUCUUCACGGCUCCAUACAAAGGCUCGGAACUAUAUAUCGAUAUCCUUAAAUCUUCAAAGAUAAAACCUCUGAUUGAGAAGGUCGAUUUCCUUCCCUUUGUUCAAGAGAUAAUGAGGGCAGGCAAGAAAUUUGCCUCAGAAACCAUAAAGGCACCAUUUCUUUGUGCCCAGCUUAGAUUACUAGAUGGCCAGUUCAAGAAUCAUCGGGAGAGCACGUUUACGGGUUUAUACCAGAAGUUGGAAUCUUUGAGAUUAAAGAAUCCGGGUCUAAUUAAUGUGUUUGUAAUGACAGACCUUCCUGAAAGUAACUGGACCGGAACUUACUUGGGUGAUUUGUCUAAGAACUCUACAAAUUUCAAGCUCCACUUUAUAGAGGAACAAGCUGAACUCUUAGUGCGAACAGACCAUGAGCUUGCUUCUGCGGCUCACGGCCAGAAAUUUGGGUCUAUUCCGAUGAGUCUUGAUAGUAUCAAAAAGAUGCAGAACCAUUGUUCUCCUCAUGAAGUAUCCAAUGUGCAGCUUUACAUAGAGGAAGCUGUUUGCAGCUGUGCUUCACUGGGUUUCGUUGGCACUGCAGGGUCUACAAUAGCUGAUAGUGUAGAGAUGAUGAGGAAAUACAAUGCGUGUAAUAUUUGAACUCGGACUGUAUUUCUUUGAUUUUUGUUUCCAGAUUGGAUUUCAUCUGCUGGAUUAGCCAAUGUGGAGUGAUUUGGUUAAAUUUUGCCGGUCUUUGUAUAGACAUGGACAGAGAGAGAUAGAUCUGUCAUAUGUCUCCACUUGAGGUAUUGGUGAUGAAAACAGGCUUUUUGGAUUGUUUUGCAAUGUUAAGUUUUGUGGGAAACCAUCUAGUUUCUUAUUAAUAGAAUAAAGCUACUUUGGUAAUUCACACGAGGAAUGGCUCGGGCCUGAGAGCGAAGACAUCAAGACAGCAAUGGAAGAGAGAAGAGUGGUUGCGUGGGAUGGGUGCUUGGGUUUUGUGAGUUUUGUAGAUGUUCUUGUGGAAUCCUUGUAGCUUUCGACUAGAUUUGUAAUUGUACCAAUGUGUUUAAACCGGUUUUGAAUAAGGAAGUUUUGUACCAAAGACAAAUUGUGGAAGUGGUUUGGAUGAGA